GGACCUCACUCUAUUGGUUGUCUUACCACAAUCUGGAAUGAGGUUGGUUGCAAAGUCGAAGGUCUUAGAUAUCCUGGCGUCCUAACAAGUGCAGAUGUCGAUGCUUUAAAAAUCCUUAGUUUAAGAGAUGUAAGAUCAAACAUGGAAGGUGUGAAAUCAGCAGCUGAAGCUGGGAAUACUAAUAAUCAAUUGGAUUGUUAUGGAACAGUAUUUCCUGAAAAUUGUGCUUCGCAUGAUGGACCACACAGUGUGGAAUGCCUUACUACUAUCUGGGAAUCAAAAGGUUGUUUAAGUGAAGGAACCAAAGCUCCAGAUAAACUAGACUCGGCUGAGAAGGAAGCUUUGGAUUUGCUUAAUUUAGAUGAUGUUGGAAUUAAUUUUGAAACUAUUGAAGUUGAAGCUCGUGGUGGUGACAAAGAUAAAGGAUUGGAAUGUUAUGGAAUUGUUUAUCCUGAGAAUUGUGAUUCAUAUCAUGGACCUCACUCUAUUAAUUGUCUCAUCACAAUUUGGGAAGAAGUGGGUUGCAAGUUCAAGGGUCUUAGAUAUCCUGGUGAUCUAACAAAUGCAGACAUAAACACUUUUAAAAACAUGAAUUUAAGAAAUGUAAAUGCAAACAUGGAAAGUGUAAAAUCAGAAGCUGAUGGUGGAAAUGCGGAUCAACAAUUAAACUGUUAUGGCAUUGCAAUUCCCAAUAAUUGUGACUCUCACAAUGGACCACACAGUGUGGAAUGUCUUACAACUAUCUGGGAAUCAAAAGGUUGCUUAAGUGAAGGAGCAAAAGCUCCAGAUAAACUAAACACAGCUGAAAAAGAAGCAUUGGGCUUGCUUAAUUUAGAUGAUGUUGGACAUAAAUUUGGCACUUUGCGAAUUGAAGCUGAUGGUGGUGAUAAAGAUAAAGGAUUGGAAUGCUAUGGAAUUGAUUAUCCUGAAAAUUGUGACUCAUAUCAUGGACCUCACUCUAUUGGUUGUCUUACCACAAUCUGGAAUGAGGUUGGUUGCAAAGUCGAAGGUCUUAGAUAUCCUGGCGUCCUAACAAGUGCAGAUGUCGAUGCUUUAAAAAUCCUUAGUUUAAGAGAUGUAAGAUCAAACAUGGAAGGUGUGAAAUCAGCAGCUGAUAAUGGAAAUGAUAAUCAUCAGCUGAAUUGUUAUGGAACAGUGUUUCCCAAUAAUUGUGCUUCUCAUGAUGGACCACACAGUGUUGAAUGCCUUACAACCAUCUGGGAAUCAAAAGGUUGUUUGAGUGAAGGAACCAAAGCUCCAGUUAAACUAGACUCUGCUGAGAAAGAAGCUUUGGAUUUGCUUAAUUUGGAUGAUGUUGGAAUCAAUUUUGAAAGCAUACAAAUACAAGCUAAUGGUGGUGACAAAGAAAAAGGGUUGGAAUGUUAUGGACUCGAUUAUCCUGGAAAUUGUAAUUCUUUUCUUGGACCUCACUCCAUUGAUUGUCUUAUCACAAUCUGGGAAGAUGUUGGUUGUAAGGUUCAAGGUCUUAAAUAUCCUGGUGAUCUAACAAGUGCAGAUGCAGAUGCUUUGAAAAACAUGAAUUUAAGAAACGUAAGAGCAAACAUGGAAGGUGUGAAAUCAGCAGCUGAUGGUGGAAAUGUAGAUGAUCAAUUGAAUUGUUAUGGCAUUGCAUUUCCGAGUACCUGCAACUCUCACAAUGGACCACACAGUGUGGAAUGCCUUACAACUAUUUGGGAAUCAAAAGGUUGUUUAAGUGAAGGAACAAAAGCUCCAGAUAAACUCAACACAGCUGAAAAAGAAGCAUUGGACUUGCUUAAUUUAGAUGAUGUUGGACAUAGUUUUGAAACUUUGCGAAUUGAAGCUGAUGGUGGUGAUAAAGAUAAAGGGUUGGAAUGUUAUGGACUUGUUUAUCCUGAAAAUUGUGAUUCAUAUCACGGACCUCACUCUAUUGAUUGUCUUAUAACAAUCUGGGAAGACGUUGGUUGCAAGGUUCAAGGUCUUAAAUAUCCUGGUGAUCUAACAAGUGCAGAUGCUCAUGCUUUGAAAAACAUGGAUUUAAGAAAUGUAAGAGCAAACAUGGAAGUUGUGAAAUCAGCAGCUGAUGGUGGAGAUGCUGAUAAUCAGUUUAAUUGUUAUGGCAUAGCUUUUCCUAAUGGUUGUGGCUCUCAUAACGGACCACACAGUGUGGAAUGCCUUACAACUAUCUGGGAAUCGAAUGGUUGUUUAAGUGAAGGAGCGAAAGCUCCAGAUAAACUAAACACAGCUGAAAAAGAAGCGCUGGAUUUGCUUUCAUUGGAUGAUGUUGGCAUUAGUUUCGAAACUACGCGAAUUGAAGCUGAUGGUGGAGAUAAAGAUAAAGGAUUGGAAUGUUAUGGAAUUGUUUAUCCUGAAAAUUGUGAUUCAUAUCAUGGACCUCACUCUAUUGAUUGUCUUAUAACAAUCUGGGAAGACAUUGGUUGCAAGGUUCAAGGUCUUAAAUAUCCUGGUGAUCUAACAAGUGCAGAUGCUGAUGCUUUGAAAAACAUGGAUUUAAGAAAUGUAAGAGCAAACAUGGAAAGUGUGAAAUCAGCAGCUGAUGGUGGAGAUGCAGAUAAUCAAUUGAAUUGUUAUGGCAUAGCUUUUCCUAAUGGUUGUGGCUCUCAUAACGGACCACACAGUGUGGAAUGCCUUACAACUAUCUGGGAAUCGAAUGGUUGUUUAAGUGAAGGAGCGAAAGCUCCAGAUAAACUAAACACAGCUGAAAAAGAAGCGCUGGAUUUGCUUUCAUUGGAUGAUGUUGGCAUUAGUUUCGAAACUACGCGAAUUGAAGCUGAUGGUGGAGACAAAGAUAAAGGAUUGGAAUGUUAUGGAAUUGUUUAUCCUGAAAAUUGUGAUUCAUAUCAUGGACCUCACUCUAUUGAUUGUCUCAUAACUAUCUGGGAAGACGUGGGUUGCAAGGUUCAAGGUCUUAAAUAUCCUGGUGAUCUAACAAGUGCAGAUGCUGAUGCUUUGAAAAACAUGGAUUUAAGAAAUGUAAGAGCAAACAUGGAAAGUGUGAAAUCAGCAGCUGAUGGUGGAGAUGCAGAUAAUCAAUUGAAUUGUUAUGGCAUUGCAUUUCCAAAUGGUUGUGGCUCUCAUAACGGACCACACAGUGUGGAAUGCCUUACAACUAUAUGGGAAUCGAAUGGUUGUUUAAGUGAAGGAACAAAUGCCCCAAUUAAACUAAACACAGCUGAAAAAGAAGCGCUGGAUUUGCUUUCAUUGGAUGAUGUUGGCAUUAAUUUUAAAACUACGGGAAUUGAAGCUGAUAGUGGAGAUAAAGAUAGAGGAUUGAAAUGUUAUGGAAUUGUUUAUCCUGAGAAUUGUGAUUCAUAUCAUGGACCUCACUCUAUUGAUUGUCUCAUUACAAUCUGGGAAGAUGUUGGUUGUAAGGUUCAAGGUCUUAAAUAUCCUGGUGAUCUAACAAGUGCAGAUGCUAAUGCUUUGAAAAGCAUGAAUUUAAGAACUGUAAGAGCAAACAUGGAAGGUGUGAAAACAGCAGCUGAUGGUGGAAAUGCAGAUGAUCAAUUGAAUUGUUAUGGCAUUGGUAAGAUUUUAUUAUAUUGUUAUAUAUAUAUAUUUUUUUAAUAAUUACCCGCAGCAUUGGCUGUUUGGUAAAUACUGUAGCGUUUUCUUCUUUAGACAAAAGUAAGACCGCUCACGAACUCUCAACCACAAGCAACUCACUUUAUUCUUAAACUAUAAAAUGCAACGUCACGCCCACGCAAUUAACCAAUCAACAGCAGCACGCAAAAUACAGGAAUGUGCCAAUAAUGUAAAACGAAGGAAUGCGGUAAACGAAGGAAUGCGUAAACGAAGGAAUGCGGUAAUAGCAAUUAACUCACGCUCUGUAACUUAACAUAGACAUAGAAUAAAACAUAAAUCGCGUUCUGAAUAGAGGAAAUACACAGCUAAGACAUAAAAUAAAUACACAACUAUAAGAAUUCGUCACACUCCCCCCACUUAAACACGUUUGUCCCCAAACGAAUAACACA